GAGAAGGCCAUAGAGGCUGAACUCCUUUCUGACCCCUAGCAUUGUUCCCUCGAAGGCUGGACUCAGGCACACUGGCAGAUCAUGAGUGUUGGAGAAAGAUUUCCUGUUGCCUGUGCUGAACCUGCUCAGUAGGUCAAUGAAAGACUUCAUUCCCUAGGGAAGGUCUCAGAGAUGGGCUCCACAUAACACGUCAGUUCUGAAGAACCAAGGACUGUAGGAUCAGUAGUGUACAAUGGAGAAGACUGCAGGAGAAAUACCAGUCCUGAGGGUACCAUCUUGUGACUUAUUGUACUGCAGACAUGCACUCCCAACCCAGAGUGUGCUGCCUUAGGAGAGGAAAUACUUGUCAGACAUUACUAGAUCCAUUUAUUUUCUUACAUCUUUUUUACUUUUGCGUCCUGUAAUCCACUUGUGAAAAGAGGAAUGAUGACUUUUUAUAGUUGCUGUUUGAUUCUUUUGGUGUUUACCUGGAACACCUCUGCCUACGGACCAAACCAAAGGGCGCAGAAGAAGGGAGAUAUUAUUCUUGGGGGACUGUUCCCCAUUCAUUUUGGAGUGGCUGCCAAAGACCAGGAUUUAAAAUCUAGGCCAGAAUCAGUGGAGUGUAUAAGGUAUAAUUUCCGAGGUUUCCGGUGGUUGCAGGCUAUGAUCUUUGCCAUAGAGGAAAUAAACAGUAGCCCGACCCUCCUUCCCAACAUGACCUUGGGAUACAGGAUAUUUGAUACCUGCAACACUGUCUCCAAAGCCCUGGAGGCCACACUGAGUUUUGUGGCCCAGAACAAGAUAGACUCCCUGAACCUGGAUGAGUUCUGCAACUGCUCAGACCACAUCCCUUCUACCAUUGCAGUAGUGGGGGCAACCGGCUCUGGGAUCUCCACCGCAGUGGCCAAUCUGCUGGGACUCUUUUACAUACCUCAGGUCAGUUAUGCCUCAUCCAGCCGACUUCUGAGCAACAAAAACCAAUUCAAGUCUUUCCUCCGCACAAUCCCCAAUGAUGAGCACCAGGCCACUGCAAUGGCAGAUAUCAUUGAGUACUUCCGGUGGAACUGGGUGGGAACAAUUGCAGCUGAUGAUGACUAUGGUCGUCCAGGGAUUGAGAAGUUCCGGGAGGAGGCAGAGGAAAGGGACAUCUGCAUUGAUUUCAGUGAACUCAUCUCCCAGUACUCAGUGGAGGAGGAGAUCCAGCAAGUGGUGGAGGUCAUCCAGAACUCCAGUGCUAAAGUGAUUGUUGUCUUCUCCAGUGGACCGGACCUGGAACCCCUCAUCAAGGAGAUAGUCAGGCGUAACAUAACUGGCAAGAUCUGGCUGGCAAGUGAGGCUUGGGCCAGUUCUUCCCUGAUAGCCAUGCCAGAGUUCUUCCAUGUCAUUGGAGGUACCAUUGGGUUUGCACUGAAGGCAGGGCAGAUCCCGGGCUUUCGUGAGUUUCUACAGAAAGUGCAUCCCAAGAAAUCUACCAACAAUGGCUUUGUCAAGGAGUUUUGGGAGGAGACCUUUAACUGCUACCUCCCAGAAGGGUCCAAGAAUCACCCAGCUUCAGCCUCUUUCCACAAGGGCCAUGAAGAAGGAAGUGGAGUUGGAAAUAGCACAGCUGCCUUCCGACCCCCAUGCACAGGGGAAGAGAACAUCACCAAUGUAGAGACACCAUACAUGGACUUUACACAUCUACGGAUAUCUUAUAAUGUGUACUUGGCAGUGUACUCCAUUGCUCAUGCUUUGCAGGAUAUAUACACGUGUACCCCCGGAAAAGGCCUCUUCACCAAUGGAUCAUGUGCAGACAUUAAGAAGGUUGAGGCAUGGCAGGUACUGAAACAUCUGCGUCAUUUAAAUUUCACCAGUAACAUGGGGGAGCAAGUGGAUUUUGACGAGUCUGGGGACCUGAUAGGGAAUUACUCGAUUAUCAAUUGGCAUCUGUCACCAGAAGAUGGCUCUAUCAUGUUUGAGGAGGUUGGACACUACAAUGUUUAUGCCAAGAAGGGAGAGAGGCUCUUUAUCAAUGAAAACAAAAUCCUGUGGAGUGGAUUCUCCAGGGAGGUGCCAGUCUCUAACUGCAGCACGGAUUGCCUCCCAGGUACCAGAAAAGGUAUCAUCGAGGGAGAGCCUACCUGUUGCUUUCAAUGCGUGAAAUGCUCUGACGGGGAAUACAGUGAUGAAACAGAUGCGAGUGCUUGUAAGAAGUGCACGGAGGAUUUCUGGUCCAACGAAAACCACACAUCCUGCAUCCCCAAGCAGAUAGAGUUCCUGUCCUGGACAGAGCCCUUUGGAAUAGCUCUUACUCUUUUUGCUGUGCUGGGAAUUUUCCUGACCUCUUUUGUUCUGGGGGUCUUCACCAAAUUCCGCAAUACACCCAUUGUCAAGGCCACAAACCGGGAGUUGUCCUACCUCCUCCUGUUCUCCCUGCUGUGCUGUUUCUCCAGCUCACUAUUCUUCAUUGGCCAGCCUCAGGAUUGGACUUGCCGUUUGCGGCAACCAGCCUUUGGUAUCAGCUUUGUCCUCUGCAUCUCCUGCAUCCUGGUAAAGACCAAUCGCGUCUUGCUGGUUUUUGAAGCCAAGAUACCUACAAGCCUCCAUCGGAAAUGGUGGGGCCUCAACCUGCAGUUCCUUCUGGUCUUCUUGUGUACUUUUGUGCAGAUCAUCAUCUGUGUGAUCUGGCUCUACACAGCUCCCCCUUCCAGCUACCGGAACCAUGAGUUGGAGGAUGAGAUCAUCUUCCUCACCUGCCAUGAGGGCUCCCUGAUGGCUCUGGGCUUCCUGAUUGGUUACACCUGCCUCCUGGCUGCCAUCUGCUUCUUCUUCGCUUUCAAAUCUCGGAAGCUGCCAGAGAACUUCAACGAAGCCAAGUUCAUCACCUUCAGCAUGCUGAUCUUCUUCAUUGUUUGGAUAUCCUUCAUACCUGCCUAUGCCAGUACCUAUGGCAAGUUUGUCUCAGCUGUGGAGGUGAUUGCCAUCCUGGCUGCCAGCUUUGGGCAGUUGUCUUGCAUCUUCUUCAACAAAGUCUACAUCAUCCUCUUUAAGCCUUCCCGCAACACCAUUGAGGAAGUGCGCUGCAGUACAGCUGCACAUGCCUUCAAAGUAGCAGCCAGAGCCACACUGAGACGUAGCAACGUAUCACGCAAGAGGUCUAACAGUUUAGGUGGUUCCACGGGCUCUACACCAUCAUCCUCCACGAGUAGCAAGAGCAACCAUGAAGACCCCUGUCCUCUGCCUACCUCCACGGAGCCGCAGCAGCAGAAGCGUGGAUGCAAGCAAAAAGUCAGCUUUGGCAGUGGAACUGUCACCCUGUCAUUGAGCUUUGAGGAGCCCCAGAAGAACUCUGUGGCCAACAAGAAUGUCAAACACAGGAACUCCCUAGAUGUCCAAAACAGUGAUGACAGCCUGAUGCGGCACAAGGCCCUGCUUCCCCUACAGAACAGCGAAACCUUAGGUGUAGAGCCUGGUUUCCAGGCACCUUCAAGACAAGAGUCAAGCUUACAGGAGUCCAGAGUAGGAGAAACGAAACAAGAGGUGCAAAGCCCAGAAGAGCCUCCUCUGCCGUCAGCAAAUUCCCAGAAUUUUAUAGGUAGUGGAGGUGGGUCCAUCAUAGAGAACACAAUACAUUUUUAACAAACAAAAAUGAUAAAAUCCACCACAGUUCUCCAGAGAAACCAUUUCACCUGCUUUCUUCUUUGGGAAAGACACCAAAGACACAUCUGAGAUGUAGCCGCCACACCUUAUUGUUAGUACAAGCAAAGACCCUCACCUCCAAAGGACGUGCAGGAGGACAGACUAUCAGACUAUCAGAAGGCUACAUCUAGGGACCCACUGUGUUUGUUUUAAAGAAAUCAGGAUCAGGACAUCUUGAAAGGACAAGUGAAAAUUUUCUCCAGCUGAGUUUUAGUAAAACUGUGCCUACUGCCUUGCCAUUGUCGAUCUUGCCUGCUAGACUGCAGCUCAGCUGGCUAUAGGCAUUUAGGCAAUUUCAUUUUACUCUGCUUUUACACGGAUGUAUAAUACCCCUCUUCCCCAUUGUGUCCUCUGUAUCCUACCUGUGAGAUCUCUGACCAUGUUAGACCAAGGAAAGGACUCAGCUUUACUAAAACGGAACUUCCAGUUUGACCUGGGGAAAGGGGUCCUUUAAAAAUAAAACAAAUAAAUAUAAAAAUAUUUUGAAUGCUUUGUACAGCCAACAGUCUGAACAUGUAAAGUAUUUAAUAUGACAGA